AUAAACUUUUUUUUUUUAGUAUUUCAAUUGCGAGACGUACCCUUCUUACCUAUUGGCUUUUUCUUUUUCUAUCCCAACAAAAAAAAUCUUUAAUUUUUACUCAGCUUUACUUGUUAAGCAAAUACAUACAACACUAUAUUCACUAUAUUAUCAGUUCUACACCCUAAAUGAGUGCACCUGAUUUUCAUUCACUAAGUCGUAGGUGUGUCCAUGGCAUUUGUCAUUGUGAUUGGAGACUGACGUUACAAGAUUGUGUCGAAAGUCGAGUCAUGACUAUUAUUCAUGGGAUAAAUGUUGGCAUUUCUGGUAUAACUGUCAUUAUCGGUAUUAUACUUUUAAGUCACCGUGUCAUUAUAAAAGGACAUAGGCUGUUUGAUAGAAGUUUAUCAAAGGGCUGCUUUCGACCUAAGCCAAUUGAUUGCAUGUUAUUAUUUAUCAUCCUUUUUAAUUUAUUGAGAUUAAUAUCAAGUACAAUUCUGAUAACUGACAUUUGUCCAGAUAUGAUUUCUCGCUCGUUCAUUUAUGAAUUUCCGUGGCAAUUCGGUCUUGGUGCCUUUGCUUUAUACUUAAUUGGUAUUGCACAGACUUUAGCAGAUAGUCAUCGAGUGCUUGCUAAUAGUUGGUUGCCAUCUCCCAAAGUAGUGGAUUUCAUUGGUUGUACCAUCUUUUUUUCACCCUUCAUUAUCAACAAUGCCAUGUCUCUGUCGGCCGGUAUUCUAGCAGAAACAAAUUUACCUUUGGCAGAGACAUUUACAAGAUUAUUAUACAUUUUUUGGUUUAUUCAUUGCUUCAGUCUUGCCGUUGCAGUUUUCUUUGCCGCUUAUCGUUUAACCCGUAUUCUCGGAGAACAUUUGAAGAAAUUCAAUACAACCGGUCCUCGCUAUAUUUCUGUAAAAACCGGUAUCUUCAAAAUCCGUGCAGUCAUGACUAUCAUUACAAUUUGUUUGUUAAUGUUUGCCGUCUUCUUAUUGGCCUACGGUGUUCUUCGUGACAUGAUUAUUGUGAAUGAAUUAGGAUCUGUUGUUUUGGGCGGUAUGUGGACAUAUUUAGGUGCCGUUUCUACUCUUGGUGUAGAAAUCGCCAUUAUUUUCAACCCUAAAGUAGAUGAUACCGGUGGACUUGGAAUCAGAUCAACGGGAGAUGAGGAUAAGUCAAACCCAGCUCAAUUUGUUACGUACUCCAACUUCUCUACACAAGAGUAUUCAGUAACUAACAGCAACCCCAAUGCGGCACAAGGCACUUUAAGUCAUAAUGCUUUUGAUGAACUUAAACUGCAGCAACUCCAAUACCAAAAGGUCUUCCAGAAACACAAUCAGCAUCAGUUACCUCACAAAAACAAUAUGGCUGAUAUAUCCACGGCUGAAUCAAGACAACUUAAACUAUCGCCUGCGGGAAUACCAAUGGAAGAUGAUGAAUACUACCCCAAUCAAAAUAAUGACAGCGAGGUUAAAAUGCAUCCUUUUCCUUUGAAUCAUCAUCAAUCCCACCAUCUUGAUGAUGAUCGUAUUUUAGACGAUGGUGAAUCCUCUCAAAUGGAUCUCGUAGAAUAUGCAUCAAAGAAUUAGCUUAUACGCUUUCUAUAUCUCUGAUGUAAACCCCCCUUCUUUUAAUUGUACUAUAUUCAACCUAUCUUAAUUUUUUUCUCUCUCUCACCAUGCGGACUACCAAACCGCCUAUUUAUCCCCAAUUUAUUCUUAUGUAUUAAAGCGAUCUUGACUUCUAAAUUUUUAGUAGCAAGGAACACAAAUAAACUUCACGUAACGUUGCUUAUUCAAACUUUUAAAA